AAAAUGGAUGCCACAUAAACAACGUAAGCUAACGACCACAGGCAAGAAUCGUGCAACAUCAAUAAAACCAAAAAUCUCCGAAACUUCGAGAACCCGGUAACGAUAUAUACCUAAUUUCGGUUUCGAUUCAACCCGACUACUGUACUCUCUAUGGCGAUUCUUCAGGCAUGGUUCAUGGAUGAUGUUCCCAAUGAUCCACAACUUCCUCAUCAACGCAAUCCCAAAGAGUUUGUUUCGCCUGAUUACUUAGCUGAAUUGGGUGUUUUACACUGGAAGUUGAAUCCGGAAAAGUAUGAGGAUGAUGAAGAGUUGGAGAAGAUUAGGGCUGACAGAGGCUACAAUUACAUGGAUCUGCUGGAUUUGUGCCCUGAGAAAGUGGAGAAUUAUGAGCAAAAGCUGAAGAACUUCUAUACAGAGCACAUUCAUGCAGACGAAGAGAUACGUUAUUGUUUGGAAGGGAGUGGGUAUUUUGAUAUCAGGGACAACGAUGAUCGUUGGAUUCGCAUUUGGAUCAAGGCUGGCGACCUCAUCAUUUUGCCAGCCGGAAUCUACCACCGAUUCACCCUCGACACCUCCAACUAUAUCAAGUUGAUGAGGUUGUUUGUUGGAGAGCCGGUAUGGACUGCAUAUAACAGGCCCCAAGAGGAGCAUCCAGCAAGGAGAAACUAUAUGUUUAACUUUGGUCAGAAGAUCGGGACGCCCCUUAAAGCUCAUUGAAUACUAAACACGCGUAGUCUAUAAUCAUGUAUGUAUCUGCUCUAGAAUUGGCAGUCAAGUUCUUAUAUCUUAUGCUGUAUUUGAAUCUCGACUGUGAGUUAAUCUUAUUGUAACACCCCCAAAAUACCACCCCUGCGGAAACCCCGCGAGGCGUGUUACACAUCA